AUGCAACGUAAGCCCCUUAACUCCUGGAAAACAGAUAAACGAAGAAGACGUCAACAUUCAAUCUUACACCUCAAUUUUUUCCCUUCUCUCAAAGAAAAUAUGCAGCAAAAACAGGGACUUGUCAACUAUCAAUUCCCCCAUUAUGUGGACAUGACAAAUUUCUCUCUUUUUCUCAAGAAUAACAUAGUCAAUUAGCCCAAGUUCGCUCACAAGUAACUAUCUUUCCCCUUAUUUUCUGCUCGUCAAUCUCUUCACUCCAUGAAUUUUCACAGUUAGGUUGAAUUUCUACAUCCAAUUAGUCUUGAUUUCCUUGCAAAUCUUGCAUGGGAUUUGUUGUUUUUUUCCUCUGUUUCUUUGCUCUCCACCUGAAUUUUUGUAUUAAUAAAAAAAAAUCCAUGUCUCCCUUACUUCUUUUUUCUCUUCUCUGAAUAUGGCUUCACUUUCUCAUUUCCUCUAUCAACAUUUGUUCUUGCCGCUGGCUACUGUAUUUGCCUUUGUUUCCCUCUAUUUGUCUCCUCUGUUCAACUUCAUCACCACAUUCAUCCUCAGAUUAAGAAGGUGUAAGGCUCUAUUAAAUAAAAAUUCAGGCUUUAAAGAUGACUAUCAGAAAGAAUCUGAUUUUCCAGAGACAGAGUCUGAUGUUUUUAAGGAUGUUUCUGAAUUCCCAAAUUCGGAAAACAAUGAGGAGACAGAGGAAACAGAGUUUAAUUUUAGAUUUAAAUUCCCAACCUAUGAAGAAUUUUGUAAGAGCAAGGAAGACAAAGUUGAAUUUGUUAGCUCUGAGUGGAUGCCGUCUACAUUUAACAUCAAAUCCCUCACAGAAGCAGAGGUUGUUGAAACAGAGGAUUUGAAAGAAGUUCAUAGUAAAAGCGAAGCGUUAAAUGGGGAAGAUAAAAAAGGGGAUUUGAGUAAUUUAGAGCGUGAUGAAGAGAAAAUAAAUGAGGAAGAAAAAGGGGAUUUGAGUAAUUUAGAGUGUGAUAAAGAGAAAACUGAGGGAAUGAAUUCCAUGAAAGGAGACUCAGAUACUCGAAAAGAGCAAUUUCUGAUGGAGCUGGAUUUUUCUGAUGACUCUCUGUUUCAAUCUGAGCAGGAUUCUAUAUCUACUGAUUCUGAUACUGUGUCAAUUGGUUUUGAUCAUAUAUGUUAUCUGAUGAACAAAUUAGUCGAUUCGAAUAGUGAUGGCUUCUUGACAGAUGAAGACAUUGGAGGUGAAUUCGAACUUGAUGAUGUAAAAGAUCUUGAAAUGUCAGAGGAAAAUCAAGAAUCUGAUGACAGUGAUAGUGAUAUAAUGCAAGAGCUAAGGAAAUUAGAACAAGAUCAACCGCGACAAUUUCUAUCCGAGGAUGAUUUUCAUGAAGAUUUUUACAAGCUAUUUGGUGAUUCGGAGGACACUGAAAAUGUCAAGUCAAGAAAUGAAGAUGCAAGCAAUUUGGAAACAUUGUGGGAACAUCAAGAAUUAAUUGAACAAUUAAAGAUGGAACUUGGAAAAGUUAGAGCCACUGGACUUCCCACUAUUUUGGAAGAAUCAGAUACACUAAAAAUGGAAGAUUUGGAGCCAUGGAAGAUUGAUGAAAAGUUACAACGUGAAGAUUGUAUGAGUGAACUUCAUAAGUUCUACAAGAGUUACAGAGAAAGAAUGCGUAAAUUCGACAUAUUAACGUACCAAAAAAUGUAUGCAAUAGGUUAUCUGCAGAAAGAUCCGCUAAAACAUCCAUUUCAAUGUGUGUCAAGGCAGAGACGUUCAGGUCCAAAACUAAAAUCCCUUAUUACACAAAAUAUUAAGCUAUUCAAACACAAAAACCAUCAUGACAAUAUUGAUCCAAUGAUAAAGUUUAUCAAAGAAUUGCAGAGUGAUCUUGAAGUGAUAUAUGUUGGACAAAUGUGUCUUUCGUGGGAAUUUCUACAUUGGCAAUAUGGAAAGGCUUUAAGUUUGUGGGAUUCUGACCCUCUUCGUACUCGUACGUAUAAUGAAGUUGCUGGAGAAUUUCAACAGUUUCAAGUUCUCUUGCAAAGAUUUAUAGAAAACGAACCUUUUCAAGGCCAUAGAGUUCAAUAUUACAUCAAGAGUCGAUAUGAUCUUCGUAAUCUUCUUCAAGUUCCUCACAUAAGAGAGGACAGAUUGAAAGCCGAAAACAAGGGUAUAUGUAGAGAGAGAAAUGAAUAUUGCAUUACAAGUGACAUGUUGGUGGAGAUAGUGGAGGAAUCAAUAAGAAUAUUUUGGAAAUUUGUUAGAGCUGAUAGAAAUUGCUCAAGCAUGAUGGUGAAGGGUAAAAAGGGAACACAACAUCAAGAGCUUAAAGCCGCGGGAGAUUUAGAGCUUUUAAUGGAGGUCAAAAAAAGUCUUGGAAAGAAAGAGAAGAAGCUGAAAGAUGGUUUGAGAGGUGAAUGUUGCCUAUUGAAGAGGUUGAAGAAGCACAAAGAAGAUUAUUCAGAUCAUGUACUCUACUUUUUCUCUCAAGUAGACAUAAGAUUAGUUACUAGGGUCCUCAACAUGUCCAGGCUAACAACAGAUCAACUAGUUUGGUGUCACAACAAAUUAAGCAGCAUUAGUUUCCUGCAUAGGAAAAUAAAUGUAGAUCCCUCUAUUUUGCUCUUCCCUUGUUAAUAUUAGUCCUGUUUCAUUUUUCUUUU